GACAAUAGUAGCUGAAGAUAUGGAAAUUGCGGCUCAUAGAGUUGUGUUAGCUGCUUGCAGUCCGUACUUCCAUGCCAUGUUUACAGGUGAAAUGAGUGAAAGUCAGGCAAAGAGAGUUCGAAUAAAGGAAGUGGAUGGCUGGACCCUGAAGAUGCUCAUUGAAUAUGUUUACACUGCUGAAAUUCAGGUUACAGAAGAAAAUGUACAGGUCCUUCUCCCGGCAGCUAGUUUGUUGCAGUUGCAGGAUGUAAAGAAGAGUUGCUGUGAUUUUCUGGAAACCCAGCUUCAUCCUGUCAACUGUCUGGGCAUUCGUGCUUUUGCUGACAUGCAUGCAUGCACAGACCUACUGAACAAGGCCAACAUAUAUGCAGAACAGCACUUCACUGAGGUUGUACUUGGUGAGGAAUUUCUGAAUCUCGGCGUAGAACAGGUGUGCAGCUUAAUAUCAAGUGACAAACUCACAAUUUCAUCAGAAGAAAAGGUAUUUGAAGCAGUGAUAGCUUGGGUUAACCAUGACAAAGAUGUGAGACAAGAGCUUAUGGCACGUCUCAUGGAACACGUCCGCCUGCCAUUGCUCUCCCGAGAGUAUUUGGUUCAGAGAGUUGAAGAGGAAGCGCUAGUUAAAAACAGCAGUGCAUGUAAGGAUUACCUCAUUGAAGCAAUGAAGUACCAUUUAUUGCCACUUGAGCAAAGAGCUUUGAUGAAGAGUACACGGACCAGGCUAAGAACACCUGCCAGUCUCCCAAAACUGAUGAUGGUGGUUGGAGGACAGGCGCCAAAGGCCAUCCGCAGUGUGGAAUGUUAUGAUUUUAAAGAAGAACGUUGGCACCAAGUUGCUGAGCUACCUUCCAGAAGAUGUAGAGCAGGAGUGGUCUAUAUGGGAGGUCUGGUCUUUGCUGUUGGUGGUUUCAAUGGUUCCUUGAGAGUUCGCACAGUGGAUUCAUACGAUCCAGUGAAGGACCAAUGGACAAGUGUUGCUAAUAUGCAAGACAGAAGAAGCACUUUAGGAGCUGCUGUAUUAAAUGGGCUUCUGUAUGCUGUUGGAGGAUUUGAUGGUAGCACAGGUUUAUCCUCGGUAGAAGCCUAUAAUAUGAAGACUAAUGAGUGGUUUCAUGUGGCUCCAAUGAAUACAAGGAGAAGUAGUGUUGGUGUAGGUGUAGUUGGAGGUAUGCUGUAUGCAGUUGGUGGCUAUGAUGGUGCAUCACGUCAGUGCCUUAGUACAGUGGAGUGCUACAACUAUAGUACAAAUGAAUGGACCUACAUUGCAGAAAUGGGCACUAGGCGUAGUGGAGCAGGUGUUGGUGUCUUAAACAACUGUUUGUAUGCAGUAGGUGGUCAUGAUGGUCCUCUAGUUAGAAAAAGUGUUGAAGUGUUUGAUCCCACCGUCAAUACAUGGAAACAAGUUGCAGAUAUGAAUAUGUGCAGGAGAAAUGCAGGGGUUUGUGCUGUGAAUGGGCUCUUAUAUGUAGUUGGAGGAGAUGAUGGUUCCUGUAACUUGGCAACAGUGGAGUACUAUAACCCAACCACAGAUAAGUGGACAGUUGUAUCAUCCUGUAUGAGUACAGGAAGAAGCUAUGCAGGUGUAACUGUUAUUGACAAACCAUUGUGAGUUGGAGA